AUGGCGAGCGUUUUUGAAACAGUCCUAUUUAUCCUACAGAUAAACUUGCGAGCAGAAGACACGGAUUACGCUUCUUUUUUGGACUCUUUCAUCCAACCAGCAAGGAUCAAGAAGCUAAAAACUGUCCAGAGAAUACUGGGGAAUUACAAAAGAAAGAGCGUUCCUGUGAAUCACGAUAGACUUGAAGAAAAUAUUAAACAAGCGCUAGAGCAACACAUUGAAGAAAUGGAACCGAACUUUCGGUCAGCGUCCUUUCUGCGGCUAUGGCAGGAGUUACGAAAACCACUGACUGAUGUAAUAAGACCGCGAAAGCUCGAAGAGAUGCUUGGUGAUUUAGAUAAGUGUAAACAUGCUAAUGUGCAAGACUUUUACAAAUUUCCCUAUGAUGUUGACAAUAUUCAAAGGGACUUAACUAUUUGCAAGAUCUGUGAAAUAUUGGUGAAGGAGACGGAAUCAUCAUCCGCGCCUGAUCACAACGGGAGUAAUUACGUUUACAUGUGGAGCCUAUUGAAGAAUCCGCUGACAAGAUGCUUUAAGAUCGCACGGUUGUCUUUGUUGAUGGAAGAACUCGCACAAUGUCUGCCUCGUUUUGAAUUGGCAGGAAUUAAGUAUAAGAUGCCGAGUAAAAUGUCCGAAGUGAAAAGAGACGUAAUCAUUUGUAAGGUUGACGAACUACUUAAUGAACCUUUUGGCUAUGAUGGGAUGUUGGGAAGUGCAUAA